AUCGUAUCAAUUUGUGACAACAUACAAUCCGCCUGCCACUCAAUCAUUCAGACGGCCACAACUACCCGGUAGAGCAAAAGGCCAGAACACGUCUUGUCCACAACAGAAGCAUGCGAUUUAUGAGCAGCGUCGUCAUCGUUAAUGCUCAUCUAUUACUUCCAGCCCGGUAAAUGCUCCCGCCCGCAGCAUUUAUAUUAUAGAUUACGCGACCAGGCUGGCCCUCGCACUUCAUCACGUCAACCAAAGGAAACUUAGCGACCUAUGUUUGAGGACAGUCUCCUUCGAGAAAUUGCUCCAGAAACACCCUAUGAUACUUGAUCACACCUGUCUGCGUCAAAAUGAUGAAGGCUGGAGAUUUCCUUGGCCCGUCAAAGUCCUCCGCUGUCACCGUUCAUGCGAUCUCGAUAGAACGCUCGUCAAAACCACUGCUGAAUAUUUAACAUGCAACGCCAGCACUGUGAACAGGCAACUCUGCAAGCCCAUUGCCGACAGCUUGAGCUUGUGUUGUGCACUGUGUUUUUAUUCUCUUCGUCAUUCUUCGCUACGGGAUCUGGUAUCCCUCUCAUUCACUCAUAUACAGCUUUUGACAAGCAUAUAUCCACCCGUCCUUACAGGCAUCACGUGCGAGCACAACUCGGCGAUAUCGAACAUGAAGCACUUUGGCGUUCUUUUUGGCCUCGCUGCCAUUGCCGCAGCCGCACCAUAUCCAACCGCGCCAUUCUAUCCGAUCCCGACCGCAGCACUUCCUCCGCCACCAGGCAGCGGCAUUGCUGCUCCAACAGGCUUAUCACAUCCAUCAGGAGGUUUUCCGGGCUUUCCCAAUUGCACACAUCCACUAAACUCGCCACUCCCAAGCGGCCAUGGGAAUCAUCCACCUCAAUCAUUCGGCACAGCUCCGCCACAGCCUCCGACUGGCACAGCGCUGGCCAAGCGUGCUGCGCAAUUCAGCGGCUUCUCCUUCCCCAGCAUGUCAAUGCCGACCGUCGGCUUCGGCGGUGAAUCUGGGAUUGCAGCCCCGACUGGCCUGGGCUCUGGAUCAGAUUCAGAGGGAAGUCUGGCUAGUAUGAGCGGCAUUUCAGGUAUUGCUGCCCCUACCGGCGGAUCUGGGGCUUCACCAAGCUUUUCAAUUCCUACGGGCAGCUUUGGAGCUGGAAGUGCUUCGGCCACUGGGUUAUCUGGCCUUCCACAGCCGACGGGAUCAACUGUGGGAAGCGGAGAAGCCCCCGAACCUCCAUUCUCGACAGGCACAGUCGGCGGAAAUGGAACUGCGGGAACUGGCGGAGCUGCAGUCGAGCGUGGAUUCGGGAGCUUGGCUGUCAAUACGAGGCUUGCUGAGCAGCAGGAGUAG